UUUAAAGCCGGAAUCAAUUGAUGUAAGAAUUGCAGAUUUUGAUGGUGUUUUAUUUCACAUAUCAAAUGUUAACGGCGAUAAAACUAAAGUUAGAGUCAGCAUUUCGUUAAAAUUUUAUAAACAGCUGCAAGAACAUGGUGCCGAUGAACUUUUAAAGCGAGAAUAUGGCAAUUUGCUGACAGAUCCUGAGGAUGGUAAAUAUAUGCACAUUCUUAUAUACGUAUAUCAUUUAAUAUUAAUCCAGAAUCAGAUAUCUGGUGUUUGUAGUUCAAUAAUAUAAAAAAUCCUUUGGAUGGUGUAUAGAUGAUCGAUAUCCGAAACAGCUGCAUUGUUUAUUAAUAUUUAUGUCUUAUGUAUACUGAAGAUGGAUGGUCUAUGAAGUUGUCUGAAAUAUUAGUAUUAAAAUAUUUUUGUUAAAAUAUAAACAAAUAUUUCAGAGAUGUUCCAAGUGUACUACAGCAAC